AUGGGAAGAGCCACGUUGUGCGCGGGGCGAUUCAGCGGGCCCGCGGUGCCGCACGCCGACGGGAGCACGGCGCUCCGGAGGGAUAUUCGUCGCGCCGCGGCUGCCUGCCCCGACAAUUGCCAGCCCGCCGCCGACGAGGACGCGGCGGACGGCGCGGCGGUGGUGGUGGUGCUGGACCACGCGGAGAUGUUCCUCACCGCCGCGGGGAGCGGCGCGGGGUGGGCGCACGGCCGGUCGCGCCCCAGUCCGCCGAGCCACCCGCUGCCGCUGGCUGAGUUGUACGACGUCCUCCGCGGGCGCGAGUUGUUUGGCCCCGACGAACUUCGGCAGCUACGCCUGCGGACGGUGCUUUUCGUGACGCUGUUCGGCGGCGCAUGGGGCGACGUUGACCCCUUUGCCCGCGCCAAGUCCUUCGACGCGCACGUCGCGCUGACGACGCCGCUGGAGGCGGAGCGACACGCCUUCUUCUGCGCCCACGCCGCACACCCGCCCGCGCUGUGCCAGGCGGUGGCCGCCCGCAGCGGGGGGAUUCCGUACAGGGGGAUGACGGAGGUUGCAGAGCACAUGGAGGCGGGGGACGGCGCGUCGGCAGCGCUGCUCUCGCUCCGC